GUAUCCGCAACGACAUUUGCGUGUGUGCUUCUAUUGACCAAGCAACCUCCAGAUUUCCAGUCAUAGCGAGACAAAUGCUUUGACUAUGUCGAUGUGGUCCCACUGUGGCCGGGAGUGGUCGCUGCAGCACUGAUCGACACAGUCGUAGGAACUGAGCUGUAUCAUGGGCACGCUGAAGGCAAUAAGGAUAUUGAAAUGGGGACUUUUGGUAGUAUGUCCUUUGCGGGUGCGGUACGGCCACCACUGCCGGCAAGGUACAAUGUAGCAAAGAAAAUCACUUCGAAAACUUGCUUGCGACCAAUAGUUCGUGUCUACUAUGACCAUCAUGUUCAACCGGGGCUCGAUCAAUUGCGUGUUGGUAUCGUGAAUCAUCCAUAUAAUAGAACACAUGGACGGAGACGCGAGAGCGCUCGACUUGGGACCCAGCUUACUUGCUAUUACGGAUGGGUAGAGAUAUUGCGAAUCUGCGGUCAGCCACCGGUGAGUCUUCGAGCGCUGCACUUCGAACUCGUUGUACAUAUAGUCAUCAAGCCUUUGCUGGCUGCAGGCUCUAGGUUCAGGUCCACGUCGGGGUUCAGGUCCAGACCAUCGUGCCUUGCGUCACCUGUCUACUGCAACUCCGUGCCGCCGCCGCUCUGGGCUCUCCAGAAGCCGAUGACCUGCAGAAGUCUGUCUUUUAGGGUUCGGCCGAAAUGUGUCUCUACCUACCCCGCCAUUGCUGACAAGAACACGUGCAGUCCACGUUGUGCCUGCAGAUUUUCCCUACUCCUCAGGUGUCUGUUGAAGAUGUCAAGUUUGGCCGUGUCCUGGUGAACAUUGAACAAGGCGUUAUUAUGUGGUCAGGAAGCCUUCGGAC